AUACCCUGAGCAGGGGGAGUUUGGUGGAGAGUUCCUCUGUGCUCUCUUUCUCUCUAUCUCUAGAAAUUACACAACUUUCUCCUCUGAAAUCAAACCAAUACAUACACAAAUUUGUGUUUAUCGACGGAUGAUCAAACAGAUUAUCUGAAUUUCCCUAAAAAAUUUGGUAUUUUUUCUUAUUUGAGAUAAAUUUGAACAUUCACGAUUCGGAUCAAAGGAAAUGGACACAAAUUCAUGGACUCGUUUCUCUACUUCGAAUUCUUCUCUAAGGCGGUAUCAAUCUCGAUCAGACGCAUUUCAUCUUGUAGAAGAAACCGAUGAUGAACCACGACCUGAGUACUUAUGCCCAUUCUGUGCUGAAGAUUUCGACAUUGUAGGUCUCUGUUGUCACAUCGAUGAAGAACACACAGUUCAAGCAAAGAAUGGGGUAUGCCCCAUAUGUGCAAAAAAAGUGGGAACUGGUUUAGUGAGCCAUAUUACAAUGCAACAUGGAAGUCUUCUAAAGGUUCAACGCAAGAGGAGAUUGCGUAGAGUUGGAUCAAAUUCAACUUUUUCAAUUUUGAAAAAGGAAUUAAGAGAAGGAAACUUGCAGUCUGUUCUUGGAGGUUCUUCAUUUCUGAUUCCAUCAUCAUCUAUGAACACAGAACCUGAUCCAUUGUUGUCUUCUUUUAUUUACAAUAAUACCCCUGAUGAUGACGUGUCAAAAGAUCUAUCUCAUUCCUCUACUGCUGCAGUUUCAAUAGUGGAAGGCUCAAAUAACGAUUUCUUGACAAGGAGUGAGAAACAAAAGGGUGGUAUAGUUUCUGGUGAAGAUAAGGAGGAGAAAAUUCGACGAAGUGAGUUUGUUCAGGGACUAGUUUUGUCAACUUUCUUUAAUGUUGAUUUAUAAGCAGUUUGUUACAUGAAGGGAAGAGAGCUACAGUCAUGUAAACCAGAGGAACGCAUAUCUCUUUACUCAUAUUGUAUUAAGAAUCCAAAUAUAUAUAAAUAUAUAAAUAUAUAUAAUAUAUAAUAUAGUAUAUGGUUGAUCUA